AUGAAACUCUCUCUCCUUUCCACCGUCGCUCUUAUUGGAAGCGCAGCAGCCUUUGCUCCCAACUCCGCACCCAAGGUCAAAACGGCCUUGGAUCUUGCAGUCGGAGAGACUGCCCCUGAGUUCUCCCUCGUGGACCAAAACGGCAAGACCGUCACUCGCUCCUCCUUCAAAAAGCCACUUGUUGUCUACUUUUACCCUUCUGACUCUACCCCUGGAUGCACCGUCCAAGCUCAGACCUUCAACGAGAAGAUCAAGGAGAUCCGCAAGACUUACGGAGCCGACGUCGUUGGUAUCUCUGGACAAGGAGCCGAUUCCAAGCAAAAGUUCGCCGAAGAACUUGGCUUGACCUUCUCCAUCUUGGCCGAUGAAGACAACGCUGUCCGUAAGGCUUUUGGAGUCCCUCGCGCUGCCUUUGGCUUGUUUCCCGGUCGUGUUACCUACGUUUUGGACAAGGCUGGUGUCUGCCAAUUGGUCUAUGAUGAACUGGCAGAUGCCGCUUCUCACGUCGACAAGGCUGCUGAGACUUUGGCCGAAAUGAAGCCCACCAAGAAGUUUUCCCUUUUCUAA